GCCCCGCUCCGCAGCGCAGCGCAUGGAGCCCGGCGGGGACCACCGGAGCCGGAGCGGCGGCGGCAGGGGCGGCCCCGGGCCAGCAGCGGCCUCGGCACGGGGCCGACCGCUGCCGCCCGCCGGAUCGAGCGGCGGCGCGGAGCCCGAGGAGGACGACGGCGGGCCAGAUCUUCAGCUGGAAGGGGGUGCCUUGGGGUCCUGGGGGAGUGCCCCCCUGCCCUCCUCCAGGGCCAGGGGACCAGCAUCUUCAGGCAGGAAAUACUCAGACCACUGUGAGGCCCGGGCCUCGAGGCCUGGAAAGAGCCGCAUCCCCGGCCGUGACCACCGGCGCUACUACCACGAACACUGGCGGCUGGAGUACCUGAUGGACUUCAACCCUGCCCGGCACGGCAUGGUGUGCAUGGUGUGCGGCAGCUCCCUGGCCACUCUCAAGCUCAGCACCAUCAAGCGGCACAUCCGUCAAAAGCACCCCUAUUCCCUGCACUGGAGUCCCCGGGAGAAGGAAGUCAUCAGCAACAGCUGGGACGCCCACUUGGGGCUGGGGGCCUGUGGAGAGGCCGAGGGCCUGGGGGCCCAGGGGGCUGAGGAGGAGGAGGAGGAGGAAGAGGAAGAGGAGGAGGAGGGGGCUGGCCUCCAAGCUUGCCCACCCAAGGGCCCAGGCAAAGCCCCAGCUGGUGGGGGCAGCCGGCGCCAGCUGCGAGGGGGCCCAGUGGCACCCCGGGCUCGGCGUCGGCGCCUCUCGGCCUCCCGGAGGGCCGGGGGCAGCAGGGGGCUGGGUGCCCGGCGCCUGGAGCGGAGGCUGAAGGAGUCCCUGCAGAACUGGUUCCGGGCAGAGUGUCUCAUGGACUAUGACCCUCGGGGGAAUCGGCUGGUGUGCAUGGCCUGUGGCCGGGCACUGCCCAGCCUGCACCUGGACGACAUCCGCGCCCACGUGCUGGAGGUGCACCCCAGCUCCCUGGGGCUCAGCGGCCCCCAGCGCAGCGCCCUGCUGCAGGCCUGGGGCGGCCAGCCCGAGGCACAGUCCCAGCCCCCACCAGACGAUGACCUCGUCCCCCAGGACCUGACCAGAAAGAGCCGGGACUCCGCCCUCGCUGCUGGAGCCCCCUCCUCUCAGGAUCUCAGCCCCCCAGACGUAAAGGAAGAGGCUGGCUGGGUCCCUGAGAGGCCCGGGCCCGCAGAGGAGGAGGAGCUGGAGGAGGGCGAGAGGGUGGGGGUCCCGGGCCGGUCGCCGCGGGGCCGCCCCCGCCGCCGCCACUACCAGGAGCGCUGGCGGCUGGAGUACCUCAUGGAGUUGGACGGCGGCCGGCGCGGGCUGGUGUGCAUGGUGUGCGGGGGCGCGCUGGCCUCGCUCAAGAUGAGCACCAUCAAGCGGCACAUCCGCCAGCGCCACCCGGGCUCCACGCGCCUCAGCGGGCCCGUCAAGGCCCUCAUCGCCCAGGAGUGGAGCGAGAAGGCCGCCCACCUGCUGGCCCUGGGGCUGCCCUGCCCGGAGUCCCCCAGGGACCCCGCCGCCCCCGGCACCGCCCCCAGCACAGCCGCAGCCUCCGAGGAGGGGGGAGGGGCAGAGGAGGAGGAGCCAGAGGAGGAGGAGUGGUGGGGCGAUGUCCCGCUUUCUCCUGGGGAACCGUCGGAGCGGCCUGCCGAGGAAGAGGACGACGACGAGGACGGCCAGGAGCCCGGGGGACUCGCCUUCCCGCCGCUGCCCCCACCGCCGCCGCCGCCUCCCCCGCCGCCGCCGCCCCGCAGCCGGGAGCAGCGGCGGAACUACCAGCCGCGCUGGCGGGGCGAGUACCUGAUGGACUACGACGGCAGCCGGCGCGGCCUGGUGUGCAUGGUGUGCGGGGGCGCGCUGGCCACGCUCAAGGUCAGCACCAUCAAGCGGCACAUCCUGCAGGUGCACCCCUUCUCCAUGGACUUCACGCCCGAGGAGCGCCAGACCAUCCUGGAGGCCUACGAGGAGGCGGCGCUGCGCUGCUAUGGCCACGAGGGCUUCGGGCCGCCCGCCCCGGCGCCGCGCGACGGCGGCGCGGACCUCAAGGCGGGCGCCGUGUGUCGGGCGUAACGGACUCGCGGGCCGGGCGGGGCCGGCGCUCCGGCCGGGAGACCCUGCUUCCCGCCGCCCCGCCGCCGCCGCUGCCGCCGCCCCCCGCUGGCCGGGCCGGGCGGAGACUGGGCUUGGGUGGGGUCGCCAGCGUCCGCUCGGUGCCAGGAGCCCCCCUGAGCUGGCCCGGGCGCCGCAGGAAGCGCGCUCCCCUCGGACCCGCGCAGGGCCCACGGGUCCCGAGAAGCCACAGCGGCCUCCGAGCAUUUGCACGGAGAGCUUCCAGCCCAGCCCGUGGGGUGUGCGGCCGCACCCCACGAGGCGAUCGUGUGCCUGGCGGGGAUCGGCGACGCCGACAGUCAGUAUUAGGGCUCCAAGGUGGGAGCGGGGAGAGGACGAAGAGGAGGGCGGCAGCCCCUUCUCCUGCCCGGGGUCCCAGCUCUCGGCAGCGUGGCGCGCCGCAGGCACGGCUCCCGGGUCGGGGGCGGCCGCUCCCCUGGCCUUAUUGAUAUUCUCUGCCGCCGAGGCCUGGACUGCGCCCCGGCGCCCCCGCAGGAGGCGGGGCGAUGGGGCCCGGGAGCCCGCGGGGAGGGCGCGUGGCCCGCGGGCGGGGCGGGGGCGGAGCUGGGCCGGGCCCCGCCAGCCCUUCCCGGGCGGGCUCUGCGCUCCGCCGCCCCGCCCACCGCCGCGGCCCCUGCCACGCCCGCCCGGACGCGGUCUUGUAUGGGAUCAGCACUUUUUCCCUUUGCUCCCCGCCUGCUCCGAAGGCCUCCGUUCACCCCGCGGCUCAGUCAGGCGCUCCUGCUUCAGCGCCCCGCUCGGUCGGAGCCCGGGGCACUGGAGGUCCCGGCAGGUGGCGUUGUAUCCCCGUCCCCUCCCCGUCCCCCUUUGUACGCGGUGGACGCGCCACCCGUUCUCAGCCCCCAGGGCCUGGGGCCGGGCCUCGGCCUUCCUUUCUCUUCCCCGCAGCAGCGCCAGGCCCUGUGGGGCCGGGAAGGGGCCCCGCGAUCUCCCAGGCAGGUCCGAGAGGGAUGUGUAGAUUCAUUCUCCCGUGGAGAACACGUGGCCCCGAGAUCAGGCCCUUUUUGCUCUUUGUAUUUUAUUUUGAAACUGUAUUUAAUGCUUUUAUAUGAAAGGGGGAGGGGCGGAGAGAGCUGUCCCGGUCACCCUUAUGUGCAAAUGUCUUAUUUAUUAUGCGUGUAUCAGAGAUAAGCUGUGAGGUGGUGGAGGAAAGACCUAAAGGAAGGAGCAAAGACAGAGGCUGGGAUGGGAGGACCCCAAACACCCCAGACUGUGUGACUCUCCAGGCCUCUCCUCCAGGCUCUGGGCCCCACUGUCUUGCUCUUCGCAUAACCUGGCCAGUUCCUUUGGUCGUAAAGCCUGAGAGCACGGAGUUCAGAGGGAGGGGCUUAAGGCCUGGGUCGGGAGGAGGGGACCCGGCCCGGGGGGCUGCCUCUAUGGGUAGGAAAGCAGAGAGCGAAGAGGAAGCCCUUCCUCUCGUCCCAGCCCCCAGGCCAGAGCUCAAGGUUCAAGUGCCUCGGGCCCAGUCCCUUUGACUUCUAGAUUGGGAACUGGAUUUUAUACCACGGAUUUUAUAGCAUUUUUAUAUAAUUCAAGACGAUCAGAGUUGGAAAGACCUUGGAGACCAAUUAGUACUCAUCCCCACCCCUCUUGCAGAUAGGUGAAAUGAAGCCCAGGAACGGAAAUGAUCACACAGCCAGGUAGGAACAGCACGAGAACUAGAAUAAAAAUCUCAACUCCCAAUUCAGUGUUCUUUGCCACUACGCCACACUGCCUUCCCAUCUCUGCUAAGUGGCUAGAAUUUCUUUCCCCAUAAGGCCUGCCAAGGGCUGGCACGUGCUGGGCGCUGCAGGCCAUCACAGUGCGGUCGUGACCUCCUGGGGAUGGCAAAGAGCUGCCCUCGGCCUUGGAAGGAGCAUCACAGGGGAGCUCUUGCCACCACAAUUUCGGCUGGAGGGUGCGGGCAGCAGCCUUCUCCAUCAGAACUCCAGAAGUGGGGCUGGCCGCCAUCUGGCCCAAGGCCUCCCCAGUAGGGCCAGGGCCCUGGCAUUGUAUUCUUUGUUCUUCAUGCCACCAGGAAUUCAGGAAAGACUGCAUGGUCUGUCAGUUGAGAAUUCCCAGUGAGUUGGGACCUCCCGGGUUUUGAAGCAGCAUUAAAAGCUUGAGAACAGGCAUUAUGGAUGGCACCAGGCUGGGCACUGCCAUUCUUUUAUUUUCUUUCAUGCAUGUUGUUUUCAGCUUGACAUUCUACCACUUUUGCCACUCUGCCUGCUCAAAAACAGCAGGCGAGUUGGGGCAACCCAUUAGAGUCAGCCAAGUCCACCGCCCAAGUUUAGGGGAGCCGGGCUGAAGGCGGCUAGGGAGUGGUUGCUCCCCUCCAUCGGUGGGCAGCCAGCCUUAGGAGCACAGGAGCGGGUGUCUUCAUGGAGAGGCAACCCGAGCCCUCCAGCGGUUCUAAGUGUGGCCGCCCAACCAGCAGCCUCACCUUAGGAACUUAGUAGAAAUGCAGUCUUGGGCCCCGCCUCACAGAAUCAGAAGCUGGCGUGGGGCCCAGUGACCCACUCUGAUCAGCCCCCCAGGGAGCCUGAGGCACAGGGACGUUCUGAGCGCCCAUGGUCUAGGACGUGCCACUGUACUGACUCCUACUUUUGAUGGCAGCUGUGGCCUUGUGGGUUGGGGUCAGGGGUCAGGAGGUCAUCUCUAGCUGGGCCUCCUUGCCUCGGGAGUCUGACAGGAACAGGUGAAGCUUCAUGAAUUUUUUGUUAAUGGUAUGCUUGCUAUUAGGGCCAAUAUGUAAAUGUUACUCUGAAUACAUAUUUAUAUACCAUGUUAGUGACAUUAUUCAAACAUUUGUAUGCCUAUUUGUGAAGUUGUUUGCAUCAGUUAUUUUUUAAAUUUCAGCCUAAGUUUUCUAAGAGGUAUGUUGAAUAAAUUUAAAAAAUCCAGCUGAAGGGUCACGGCAGCCUUAGUUUUGGAGAAGAGCAAAUCCGAGGUGAGUUCUGUCAGCAGAGACCUGAUGUGUGGAGGUCUGAUGUGUUUGCUGUCCUUGGGGGCUGACAACUGAAUCGCAGGGACUGGGGGGUUUGCAGGCCGCCUCUUGUCGCGGGCGGGGAACCCUCCUAGGUUGGCGUGAGGCUGAACUGGGAUAACAGACCUGUCUGGCCACUUCCACUCCUCAUCUUCCUCCUAAGGCCACCUCUUAGAGGGUCUCAUUUCCAUUCAGAAACCAAAUGCACACUUUUGCUCCACUAUGGAAAUUCCACAAUCUGGGGAAUCAUUCCCAGUAUUGACUACGAGUCACUUUUUAAAGCCUCAAAAGUGGAGUAGGGGUGGGGCCGGUGGCAGCCUUGUCUGGUUCUUACUUUACCCAAACUGUGUAUAAAGAAUAAAGUUAGCAGAAUGA